AUGUCGGCUUUGCCCCGAGUUCGACACAGAACCGUCAACGUCGGCCGCGAAUUUUUCCCACCUCCUGCCACCAAGCUGGUGGUUACACAAUAUCUCGCAAGUUGCGACGUUACUUCGGCCUGGGCGUGGAUCGUUGUCGGGACCUUCUACGACCGCUGCAACCGGCCUGUGUGGAGUACAGAGCUUCUUGUCGCUCAACUUGAAGACGACGCGGAAUCAGGAGCCGGCAACACUGACUUCGACUUGCACCACCAAAGCGAGGAGUACCUAGAGUCUUUUCCCCCAGCAGAAGGAGUUGGCCAAGAUCCGCACUUGAUACCCCCCUUCCCCUUCCAACCGGAUAUCUGCUUCGACUUGGCCCCGUUGCCAUACGCACACGCUCCGCUCCAUUUCCCUCCUGCUUCCUGGGAUACUGUGUCUCAAGGGCCGGUACCUGGAGGUUGGAACCCCGUCACUGGCCGCGACCCCGUCGGCACGCGACCCAACUUUGCUCCUUUUGGGGCCCCAGUCCCGACCCAAGGCCAGCCCUACAUGCAUCACGCUGGCGGGCCGGGACACAACUUUGGUACUUACCCUUGCCACAGUGCUUGGCCCGGCAUGACUUACGGAAUGUAUCCGAUAGGGAACCCUGGAGUCCCGGCUGCGCAGGCAGGGACUCCCCUGGCCGCCGGCUACGUGCCCCCAGGCGCGUCCGGCGGCUUCUACACGCAGCAGACGUUUUCGUACCAGCCCAACGGGACCGGCAACAUGUUUCCGCGCCAGCCCCAGCCGUGGCCUGCCAUCGACCCGACGAUGCCUGCGGCGCAGAUGACCAACUCCUCAGGUGGCGUGGGAUGCGAGCCCGGCUACAACCUGUUCUUCGCUGCCGAGCACACGAAAGCCCAUGUCUUCCGAUCCAACAUCCCGCCCUGGCAGCUGCCCGCCACAGCGCAGCUGCCAUUCAAGGCGGUCCACAUACCGUGCAACACGACCGUCGAGGAACUCCUCAAGGGCUUUGGCUGUACGAACCCGGAUCGCAAGAAGAACAGAGUGUUUGAGAUGCAGAGCGCCGGUGGCGGGAAAUGGUACAAGGGGCUGGAAAUCAACGGCGGCGACAAGGACCUCCUCAAAAAGACCAUCAAGGAAAUCGGGUGGGACGCGACGCGGACGGGGAACCCUCGCGAGAAGCCGGUGGUUUGCUUGUGGUUCUGCAAGGACUGA